UAGAAGAAAACACAAAAUAUAGAUAUAGAGCGAGAUGGGCUCCCUUCCUGCAGAACUAGUAGAAGAUUUUCAAGGCAUCCUUCAAGUCUAUAGCGACGGUUCUACCUUCCGUUCACAAGAUAUCGACUUCACCAAUAUUUUCCCAUUCCACAACCAUGAAGAAGACGAAUCCGUCGCUUGGAAAGACUGUCGUUUCGACAAAACCCAUGAUCUCAAUCUCCGCCUCUACAAACCCCGACCGACACCUCUUGCAAAUUCAAAACCACUCCCCAUUGUCAUAUUCUUCCACGGUGGCGGCUUUUGCGUUGGGUCUCGUACUUGGCCCAACUGCCACAGCUUCUGUCUCCGUCUCUCCUCAGCUCUCCCCGCCCUCAUCGUCUCUCCUGAUUACCGUCUUGCUCCCGAGCAUAGACUUCCUGCGGCGAUGGACGACGCCAUGCUAGCUCUAACCUGGCUUCGAACACAGUCGGACGAGUGGCUAGACGAGAGGGAAGCUGAUUUUGGGAAUGUAUUCAUAGUGGGGGAUUCUUCCGGUGGUAAUAUUGCGCAUCAGAUGGCUGUUAGAUUGAAGGAAGGGUCGCCCGAACUUGAGCCAAUAAGAGUCCGUGGAUAUGUCCUCAUCGCGCCCUUCUUCGGCGGGACCGUGAAAACCAAGUCUGAGGCUGAGGGCCCGCCGGAGGAACUGCUCACUAUGGACAUCCUUGACAGGUUUUGGAGUUUGUCACUGCCAAAGGGAUGCACCCCAGAUCAUCCAAUGGCUAAUCCUUUCGGACCGUUUAGUACCGAUCUACAGAAGGUGGCACUCGACCCCAUUUUGGUGAUUGUUGGAGGAUGCGAGUUGUUGAAAGAUAGAGUUGAGGAUUAUGCCAAGAGACUCAAGAAAAUAGGUAAAUCGAUCGAGUACUAUGAGUUUGAAGGAAAACAACAUGGAUUCUUCACCAACUAUCCAUACUCUGAUGUGUCUGCUAAGGUGUUGCAACUUCUCCAAAAUUUCAUAUCCCAUUAUUCAGGGAAAUAGGUUAGAUAUGGUGUGUGAAGAUUUUAUCAUUGGAGAUAGAUAAAUGAAUUAGAUUUACAUAAUUAUGUGUGCAUGUGUUAUGUAUUUGAUUUACAUGUUAAGUUAAUAUAGACUUGAAGAAUGGCAAGAGGUAAUGUUUCUUUAUUGAUUGUUUAUUUU